AUGAUCUCUCAGAAGGUUGCUCAGCAGUCGCUGCGACGGCUCGCCGUCCAGCAGCCCUACGCCAUGCGCUGGUCCAUGAUGAACGCGGCCUCCCCCGCCGCCAUCGCUCUCGGUCGUACCGUGCAGAGGAGACAAGCCGCAACCUCCGCCAACACGGAAGAUCCCACCAAGAUCCUUGCGAAGCAGCGUCUCAACCGCCCCGUCUCUCCCCACUUGACCAUCUACCGUCCCCAGAUCACCUGGUACGCCUCCGCAUUCAACCGUAUCACCGGUGUCGCCCUCUCCGGUGGUAUGUAUGUCUUCGCCACUGCCUACCUCGCUGCCCCUCUGUUCGGCUGGCACCUCGAGUCCGCCUCCCUGGCGGCUGCUUUCGCCGCUCUCCCCAUCGCCGCCAAGGUCCUCCUCAAGGGUACCAUCGCUUUCCCCUUCGCUUUCCACUGCAUGAACGGCGUCCGUCACUUGGUCUGGGAUAUGGGUCGUGGAAUCACCAAUCAGCAGGUCAUCAAGUCCGGCUGGACCGUCGUGGGCUUGAGUGCUCUUAGCGCCGUCGUCCUUGCUCUUCUGUAA